UGAUAACAUUCUAAGGUGUUAUUGAUCCAAAACCUGAUAUUGUAGUGAAUGAUAUAUUGAAAAAUUAUAUUUUGUGACACUGAAUUAUUUCAACCUGUGUUGAGAACAGACCAUUUUAUAGUGAAGAAACACCGGCUAUAUUUUGUUAAUCGUUUAAACUUUGUGAGAUUAAUUGAAUAAACGUUUAUAAUCUACUAUAUGACAAGUGAUAUGGACGACCCUGCACAGGGGGCGGACAUAUGUAGGGUGUGCCGAUCGGAGGGCAUGCCAGAACGCCCCUUAUUUCAUCCAUGUAUUUGUACUGGAAGCAUUAAAUACAUUCAUCAAGAAUGUUUAGUUCAAUGGAUGCGGUAUAGCCGUAAAGAGUAUUGCGAGCUUUGCAGUUAUCGGUUCUCAUUUACACCUAUUUAUGCACCAGACAUGCCACGUAGACUCCCUAUUAAAGAUGUAGCUGCAGGAAUUACAUCCAGUCUCUUAACUGGUAUUAAAUAUUGGCUACAUUUCACUCUUGUAGGAUUAGCUUGGCUUUGUGUUGUACCUUUUACAGCUUGUCGUAUAUAUCGAAGCCUUUUCAAUGGCUCCUUUGAUGCUGUUAUGUCAUUACCUAUUGAUAUGUGGUCAUCAAAAAACAUAUCUGGUGAUAUAUUUCAUGGUUGUUUUGUUGUGACUUGUACAUUAUUUGCAUUUAUUGGGUUGAUUUGGUUACGAGAACAAAUAUUACAUGGUGGUGGACCUGACUGGUUAGAAAGAGAAGAACCAAAUAAUCAGCCUCAAAUUAAUUUGUUGUUACCACCUAUUCCUGAAGAAAAUCCAGUUGAUGAUAUUGAUGCUGAAAUUAGACAAGAAAUAAAUAAUCAAAUUGAUGAUGGUCACUGGAACCCAAUAGAUUGGGGUGAUCGUGCUGCUGAAGAUUUAACAUGGGAAAGAUUAUUAGGAUUAGAUGGAUCAUUAGUCUUUUUAGAACAUGUUUUUUGGGUAGUUUCAAUGAAUGCUCUUUUUAUAUUAGUAUUUGCAUUCUGUCCAUACCAAAUGGGAAAUCUAGCUAUUUCUUCAUUAUCUUUACAAGAUAAAGUUGCUGCUUCACAUUUUGAAGGAUUAGUUACUACACUUUGUGGGUAUUGUCUUAUUGGAAUGUGUCUACUUAUUAUGCAUACAAUUGCUACGGUUAUUGGAUUUAGACGGUCUAAACGUAUUAUUGGAUUAAGUUAUAUUGUUGUAAAGGUCUCAUUAUUAUCAGUUGUGGAAAUAGGAGUGUUGCCUUUAGUCUGUGGAUGGUGGCUAGAUAUAUGUUCAUUAUCAAUGUUUGACACUAGUUUUAAAGAUAGACUAACCAGUUUUCGUUUAGCUCCAGGCACCUCAAUGUUUAUCCACUGGUUAGUUGGAAUGGUGUACGUCUAUUAUUUUGCGUCAUUUGUGCUACUCCUAAGAGAAGUUGUACGACCUGGAGUUUUAUGGUUCUUACGGAAUUUAAAUGACCCAGAUUUCAGUCCAAUUCAGGAAUUAAUUCAACAGGGUAUGUUGCAGCAUGGAAGAAGGCUUAUUGCUUCAGCUAUGAUAUUUGGAACUGCAGUUUUUUUAGUUGUUUGGCUACCAAUUCGAAUUCUAAAAUUUUUAUGGCCAUCAUUUUUACCCUAUAAUGUAACAUUACACAGCGAUUCAGUCAAUGAAUUAUCACUUGAAUUACUGCUUUUACAAGUUGUAUUACCAGCAUUACUUGAGCAAACUCAUACUCGAAACUGGUUGAAAAUGGGUAUUCGUUUUUGGUGUAUUGUAGUUUCACAUGUGUUAGGGAUAAAAUCUUAUUUACUUGGGGAUGGUGAAGAGCCCCAACCUGUUUUAGCCCCAAUCCAUCCACCUGCAGCUGAUUUAGGUGCAGCUCAUGAAGGUUUGUUAAGACGUGGAGGACCUGUAGGAUUCCGACCAUACACGCGUCCUACUCAUUUUGCAAUACGUUUAAUUAUCCUCUUAAUUUUGGUUGCAAUAUCUGUAGUUAUUAUCAGCUUAUCGAUCAUAACUAUUCCUGUGUGGUUAGGACGUCUAGCCAUGUCAUUUUGGCCAGCUGUUUUACCAACAACUACUGAGCCAUCGCAAUCACCAAACAUACACGAAUUGUAUACAGCAGCAUGUGGUACUUACAUUUGCUGGCUGUCAGUGCGAGCAGUUUGUUUCAUAGCAGGAUGGUUACCAGAGGGUCGUGCUGUUGUGAUCAAUAGAAUAAAGUUUUGGUUGAAAGUUGGAUCAAAAGCAAUGGUAGCAUUUAUUGUUUUACUAGGUAUUAUACCAUUCCUAUUUGGAUUGCUUUUAGAGCUUGUUAUGGUAGUACCAUUCAGAGUACCACUACAUCAGACACCAGUUUUAUGGGCUUGGCAAGAUUGGGCUCUUGGUGUACUGUAUAUGAAAAUUGCAUGUGCCAUCACCUUAAUGGGACCUGAUUGGGCUCUUAGACGAGCUAUUGAACGCACUUAUAGAGAUGGUUUCAUGCGAUUAGAUCUUAAGUCAAUGAUGCGAGACCUUGCAGUACCUGUCAUUGCCGUUUUAAGUUUAUUUCUGGCUAUACCGUAUGUUGUAGCAUAUUCAGUUGUACCACUACUUGUUAAAAGUCAAUCUACUCGGCUACUGAUUGCUAGACGAAUAUAUCCUACUUUAAUGUUAAUGUUAAUUAUCAUUAAAGGCAUGAUGAUGCAAGUUCGACAAUUUAAAAGGCUAUAUGAACACAUAAAAAAUGACAAAUAUCUAGUAGGCAGAAGACUUGUUAAUUAUAAUCAUACAAAUUCGGUAUCGGGUCAAUAAUAGUAUAAUAUCUAUUAACUAAAUAUUUUGGUGAACUGUUUUAAUAAUUCUUUAUUUUUUGUAUAAAAUGUGUACGAUAUAAUAUAUAUAAAUAUUAUUUUGUUUUUUUUACUUUUUAAUAUACCUGAUAUAUAUUAUUAAGUAAAUAAUAUUUUAAAUGUUAUUAAACUUUACAUGAAUAUUUAAUAAAACAAACUCUGUAAUUGAAA